CGCACAGUAUAAAUAUCUCGCUCUCUCUGUUCUUCUUCUAAGUUCUAUCUCACUCAGUUUCUCACAACAAGCUCUAGUUCAUCACCCUUUUUUGUUCUGAAUGAGAUUAAGGCAUGGAUAGAGUAAGAGGUCCAUGGAAUCCUGAAGAGGAUGAAACGUUGAAGAGGUUGAUUCAGACCCACGGCGCCAGAGACUGGUCCAUUAUCAGCAAAUCGAUUCCGGGUCGAUCUGGAAAGUCUUGCCGGCUGCGGUGGUGCAACCAGCUGUCACCGGAGGUGGAGCGGAGGCCUUUCACGCCGGAGGAGGAUGAAGCGAUUAUUAAAGCUCAUGCGGAAUUCGGGAAUAAGUGGGCAGCCAUCUCGCGGCUACUAAACGGCCGCACCGACAACGCUAUCAAGAAUCACUGGAAUUCCCCUCUUAAGAGGAAAUGUUCCACCACCGAGCACUAUCACUACCCGCCUCUCAAGCGAUCCACCAGCGACACCCUUUCCUGGAAUAAGGGUAGCCCAUCCAGAUCCGAUUUGAGCGAUUCUAGGAUGCCCAUGCCCAUUUUGGCUCCGCCUCCGACUCGAGCACCUACAACUGAUCCGAUAACAUCACUCAGUUUAUCCCUGCCUGGAUACGACUUAUGCAACGGAUCCGGUCCAAAUCAUGGGUUCAAUUGCGGCCCAACCCGGGAUAUUCAACCUUCCCUAGGCAACUGUAAAGGUUGUGAGCGGCUCAGUGCGGAGUUAUUGGUCUUUAUGCAAGAGAUGAUUCGAAUAGAAGUGAAGAAUUAUAUGCGUGAGGUAGAGCAAAAUGGUUUACUAUAUUGAAGAAUAUGUGCUUAGGUAGGUAGAGCAAAAUUGGUUUACUAUAUUGAAGAAUAUGUGCUUAGGUUGGAUAGGGAGAUUUAGGGAGAGAUAGAUGAGGAGUUGAGUAUGAAUUGUAGAGGUGAAGCCGUUUUUGUUUUUCUUUUGUUGCUUCAAUAUCUCAUUGAGAAAAAUAUUAAUUUUUAUCUGAUACAAAUGGACUUCAAAAUUUCAGAAAGGGGUUGAAUUUUCCCUAAAGAUUAAAGGUCUUUCAUGUCGGUCCCUCACACGAUCAUUUUAUAAACAGCGGUAUGCUAUCAAAUGUGAUCAUAUAACCAACAUUGAUUCA